AUGCAACAAAUUAAAACAAAGUAUAAAAUGUCAAUUACCAAAACUAAAAAAAAUUUAAAAAAAUUAAUCAAAAAAGUCUUUAAAAAUCAUUUAACCAAAAAAGAUCAAUCAAGCAUUUCAAAAAAACAAAAAUACUGUUCAACCCCAAAAGCUGAUGAAGUUAAUACCAAUCAACAACAAACUAAUAACAGCAAACAACAACAAAACCACAUUACCAAACAGCAACAAAAUAAUGUUACCAAACCAGAACAAACUAAUAUUACCGAACAACAACAAAAUAAUGUUACCAAAUCAGAACAAACUAAUAUUACCAAGCAACAACAAACUAAUGAUACCAAACAAAAUCAAAUCCACAAAAUCAAACAACAAAAUGAAAUCACCAAAAUAAUUGUUCAACAUAAUAAUCAACUUUUAGACUCCAAUUUACCACAAAGAGUUAAAAUGUUCAAAAUUGAUUCUACAGAUGCAUUUGAAGGUAUAUUUGCAAGAAAGUUUAAAUCAACUCUGAAACAAAAACCAUUUUCAAAACAAAAACCAAAUAGAGAUUCAGAAGAAGUCGUUGAUUUAAAUUUGGAAAAGCAUAUUGAUGAAAGUGUCAACAAAAAAAUUCAAAUUAUUCUAUAUGAUGAUGCAGAAGGAGCAGUUAAUAACACAAAUGAAAGAGUAGUUUACAAUCUGGCCAAUUGUGACUCAACAAGAGGUGUUAAUAAUGAGAACAAUUCAACUGCUAAAAUUGGAGAUAAAACACUUUAUAUAUUAGAAAAUGGAAAAGCUGUCAAAUUAAUUAAAAAAGAAGAUGAAGAGGAUGAAUCAACUAUUAAAAAAGGAGCUGUUUUGAAACAGAGAGAAGUAGUAGAUAAGAAGUUUGAACAACGUAGAAUUAGAGAGAUGGAAAAAGUAAUUAACAGAAUCGAAGAAGCAGAAAAAUUUAUCAAAGAAAAUCAUUCAGGUAACAAAAAUGAAUAUGAAACAAUUUCUAGCAAUGCACAAAAUGCUAAAAUUAUUAAAGUUAAAAAGGAAGUAGUAUCUAGACCAUUUAAUAUAAGAAAAAAUGGUGAAGCAGAAGCAGUCAUCGAAGGAAAUUCACCAGCUGCUAACACCGAAGAAAAAAGAUUGUUUACUGGAAACAACGAUGGACAUAUAUCAAGUUCUGACGAUGUUGAAAUUGCAGAUAAUGCUAAGGAUGAUUCAAUUAUAGGAAAUUCCGAUGCAACAGAUAAUAAAUCCAUUAAUGAAGCAUUACAAACUAAAAUAUAUUCACCAAUCACCGUUCCAAUAUUACAAAGAUUAUCUAGUGAAAAUAACAAUAGUAAAGAUUUGAGUUCUCAUGAUGCUGAAACUAAAAUUAAUGCUAGACAUGAAAUUACAAGAGUCCUCAAACCAAUUGAUGAAGCAGUAAGAGGAAUAGUUGAUACUUUUGUAAAUAUAGGUAAAUCAUUGACAAUGAUAAUUGGUUUGAUAAUUAUAUCAAUAUAUUUUUAUACAGGACAUGUCUAUGGAUUAUCAUUACUUCAAUUCCUUUUUGAGUUACUGUUUGGUGAAGAUGAGAAUGAAUCAGGACCGAAUCUAAUAUCUGAUAAUGAAGUAAGGUACAUUGGAAAAUAUGAAUCAAGUAUAAGUGAUACCGGCGAUAGCAUUAGUUUAGAAUCUAAUGACAUUGGAAGUGUAGCUGAGGAUGAUGAUGCUGCAAGACCUAAUCAAAUUACUAGUGAUAAUUAUGCAAUAGAUAAAAAAUCAAGUGAUGAAGCUUUAUGUACUAAAACAUAUUCAAAUUACAUGAACGAAGAAGAAGUAAUAUCCAAUGGAAAUAACGAUAAAAAUGGUACAGGUUCAAGUGAUUUGAGAAAUGUAAUUAAAUUUGAUAAUCCAAUUUUUAGUGAUACUGAUGCAGCAGAUAAUAAUUCAACUAAUGGAUCAUUGUGCCCUGAAGAAAAGUCACCUGUAAAUAGUACUGAAAAAACUUCAGGUAGUAAUGAAGAAGAAAGGUUGUUCAGUGGAACCAGCAAUACGAAUACUCCAAUUUCAAAUAAUGUUGAAGCUGACAAUAACGAUACUAAUGAUAUAUUAACUGAUACUAAAUAUUUGGAUGAUGAACCAGAUAUAUUUGGAAGUUAUUUAAAACAAUUCAGAAUUUUUCAAAAUGAUCCUAUAAUACAUUAUUGUAAAAAAAUAAUUCGUAAAACAUUUACAGAUGAAAUAAGAGAAAAUCAAGAACAACAACAACAAAGCCAACAACAUCAACAUCAACAACAACAACAACAACAACAUCAACAUCAACAUCAACAUCAUCAUCAACAUCAACAUCAACAUCAACAUCAACAUCAACAUCAACAUCAACAUCAACAUCAACAACAAAGUCAACAACAACAACAACAGCAACAACAACAACAACUACUACUACUACUACUACUACUACUACAACAACAACAACAACUACAACAACAACAACAUCAACAUCAACAUAAACAUCAACAUCAACAUCAACAUCCACAUCAACAUCAACAUCAACAUCAACUGUUUAAUCGCCGCUACUACUAA